AUGCAAGAGAUUGGCUUCACAAGGAACAGCCAAGCCACCAUGUCAACAUCUUCUUCUUCCUCAUGCGCAAACAAACGGGAUGUACUCAAUCGCGUCAAGGAGGUCCUUGAGGCGUAUGUAAAGUCGGGGGUGAUUGACCGAGAGGAUUUGAAGAGGCUGGCGAAAAGGUCCGCAGAGGCGAUUUUUCCACCAGCAGCUGUGGGGGCGGUUGAUCGAGCCACAUUGCAGCAGUUGAUGACAUUCCUUGACGAGAGCGGCGCGGAAGAGGCGGUGAUUGCUCCCAUUCGAGCGGCAGAAGCGGCGAUAUCUACGAGGGCGGCGGUUGUUAAGGAGGAAACUGAAAAGAAGGAACAGUCAAAGACGUCCAAGGCAUUGGUGGCGGAAGUGGGAUUUUCGCUUACCGUAUUGCGGGAACGGAUGGCGAAGAAAAAGGAGGAACUGCGGAGGCAGCGGGAAGAGGCGACGGUGACGGUGGAACAAAUGCCGCGGGGGGAUGCGUCCACCAUGACGGCCAGCGUUGCGCUGAGUUCGUUGCCUGGAGAAACGUCUCGCAGCAGUGUGGCGGCGGCGGAUGAACCACCGACCCGCAAGUGUAAGACGGAGGCAAAUACGUCGCUGCCGCUGCCCUCACUGCAAGAAGUCGAUCUUUACGCAGACCUUGAGGGGCCUCCUUGCGGCUGGCGCACGCAACUGCAGCCCAUUUCCAUGUAA